GUGUGACUAUGAUGUUGAAACUACUGUAGUAACUGGUAAGGGAGUGAGCAACUGCGACUGCAGCCAUAGCAACGCGACUGGUGUGGCUGUAUGGUAGUAUAUUGGUGACAUUGGAAAGAGGUGCAAAUGACUAUAGCCUACUGCCCACGUCUGCGCUUUCGCAAUCUGGCUGCGUCAGGAUUCAUCUCCAAGCAAUACCGUCAUGGACGAAGCGGAGGACGGCGAUGGAGACAAGAAAGAGGCUCGAAGGGGCGACAUGCUUGACUCGUCCUCCAGAAUAAUGAAGAAUUUAACACCAGGAGGGGGAGCAACGGCAGCACCGAGCAGAAACUCCAACAACAAUGAUCUCCGCGUCGCGCACGACAAGGACUUCGCUUCUGCCUCAUGUGAAGACACCACGGAAUCCGCGUUCCUCCUCUGCCAGGGAGAUGCCUCCGGCUUUUGCGCCCCGGUCACCAGGUGUGGCGCGGAAAAGACCCCAGGCGAGGAUGGCACCGGACGGAGAUGCGUAAUCAACGGAGACUGUAGAAGAGACGCGGCCACCUCCGGGAGCUUGUCCUCGAUUCUCUCUAAACAGGAGAAGCAGACAGGUGGAGGUGGUCACUUCGCCACCGCCAGCAUGGAUGGCACGGUCACUCCUUUAGCACAGGGAGCCACCGAGAAGAAGGACUCGAGAGUUUCUUUCUCAAACGCGCCUAGCAGAAAGGCGUCCUCACCUGCCCACGGAGCGACCCCGAACCAGCAGCCAGGGAAUUUGGUCAGCUUUCCCAAGUCCGAGGAUGGACAGAUUGUGGCAGACGAUGGAGAGUCAAGGGACAAUCAAACUUACAUGCAGAGACAGUUCAGUUCCAUGCUACAGCCCGGGGUCAAUAAAUUCUCGUUGCGCAUGUUUGGGAGCCAAAAGGCAGUGGAGAAAGAGCAAGAACGGGUCAAGUCGGCCGGCAAUUGGAUCAUUCAUCCUUACAGUGAUUUCAGGUUCUACUGGGAUUUCACAAUGCUUAUGUUUAUGGUGGGCAACUUGAUUAUCAUCCCUGUGGGCAUCACCUUCUUCAAGGAGGAGACCACCACUCCUUGGAUUAUCUUCAAUGUGGUGUCUGACACUUUCUUCCUCAUGGACCUGGUACUGAACUUUCGUACAGGCAUAGUCUAUGAAGACAACACCGAGAUAAUUCUGGACCCUGAAAAGAUCAAGAAGAAGUACCUGAAGACGUGGUUUGUGGUGGACUUUGUCUCAUCCAUCCCGGUGGAUUAUAUCUUUCUCAUCGUAGAGAAAGGGAUUGACUCUGAGUUUUACAAGACAGCAAGGGCGUUGCGGAUUGUGCGUUUCACCAAGAUCCUCAGUCUACUGCGACUUCUUAGACUGUCCAGACUCAUUCGUUACAUCCAUCAAUGGGAGGAGAUCUUUCACAUGACCUAUGACCUGGCCAGUGCGGUAAUGCGCAUCUUCAAUCUCAUUGGCAUGAUGUUGCUGCUGUGCCACUGGGACGGCUGUCUGCAGUUCUUGGUGCCCAUGCUUCAGGACUUCCCUUCAGACUGUUGGGUGUCCCUUAACAAGAUGGUGAACGACUCAUGGAGUGAGCUGUAUUCCUUUGCCCUGUUCAAGGCCAUGAGCCAUAUGCUGUGUAUUGGGUAUGGACGGCAGGCCCCUGAGAGUAUGUCUGAUAUCUGGUUGACCAUGCUGAGUAUGAUUGUUGGAGCCACCUGCUACGCCAUGUUUAUUGGCCAUGCCACUGCCCUCAUACAGUCGUUGGACUCUUCCCGUCGCCAGUACCAGGAGAAGUACAAGCAAGUUGAGCAGUAUAUGUCUUUCCACAAACUUCCGGCCGAUUUCCGGCAGAAGAUCCACGACUACUAUGAGCAUAGAUACCAGGGCAAGAUGUUUGACGAAGAAAGCAUUUUGGAAGAGUUGAACGAGCCAUUGCGAGAGGAAAUAGUCAACUUUAACUGCCGGAAGCUGGUGGCAUCCAUGCCGCUCUUCGCCAAUGCAGAUCCCAACUUUGUGACCGCUAUGUUAACAAAGCUUCGCUUCGAGGUCUUCCAACCAGGAGAUUACAUCGUUCGUGAGGGAACCAUAGGAAAGAAGAUGUACUUCAUUCAGCAUGGUGUAGUCAGCGUUCUGACCAAAGGGAAUAUCGGCAUGAAGCUCUCUGACGGCUCCUACUUUGGGGAGAUCUGCCUGUUGACCCGUGGAAGAAGAACUGCCAGUGUUCGAGCAGACACCUACUGCCGUCUAUACUCGCUCUCUGUAGACAACUUCAAUGAAGUACUAGAGGAGUACCCCAUGAUGAGGAGAGCGUUUGAGACAGUAGCAAUUGACCGCCUUGACCGAAUAGGCAAGAAGAACUCCAUCCUUAUGCACAAAGUACAGCAUGAUCUCAACUCUGGUGUCUUCAACAACCAUGAGAACGAGAUGAUUCAGGAGAUUGUCAAGUACGAUCGGGAAAUGGUUAAAUUGGUGAAACAAGGGGACAUGCAGAGGCCCAGGGCCAUGUCCAUGACUCCUUCAACCCAUGGUAGCUUUUUCAGACCUUCUAGCCAACCCUCCACCAGUUCUGCCAUUGCCACCCUCCAGCAGGCUGUGGCCAUGAGUUUCUGCCCCCAGAUGGGCAACUCUCUAGUUGGUUCUGGGGCCGUCCAAUCUCCCCGAAUGGUGAGGCGGUUCCAGGUGGUCCAGGGCCAGACUCCCCCAGGCUCCCAGUACUCCACGUUAGCCCUUGCCUCAGCUCUUGCCAGCACACCUGUCCAUAGCCCUCUGGCCACAACUGGUCGAACUUUCCAGUAUGGUUCCAGCCCUCCGGGUGCACCCUCGGGCUCCCAGCUAUCCCUUGUACACCAACAUGUUCCCAGCCCCACACAUCGACCACCAGGCCCCAGAAGCACUCUAAGCCAGGACGCCCGAGCUCUGUCCGCAUCUCAGCCAUCCUUGCCCCAUUAUUUGGUGCAACCAGCUGCCCCAAGUCCUCCCCAGUCAACCAGAGUCUCCUCCACCUCCAUUGGCCCCCCUCAUAACCUUCCAGGCCCUACAGGUCACAGAAGUAGCAUCCCUCCAAGAAUGGCACUGCACCACCAAAUGUCUGUAGGUGCAUUCCCCCCUGCUUCCCUCCCUCAGAUGAGACCCAGUUUGGAUUCGGGACUGCCCAAGAAGGAUUCAAUAAUCAGCCUGCCAGAGACUGACCACCACACCAGAUCUAGAUUAUCAUCAAAUUUGUGACCAUGAUGGUGGGCACUGCCAGUGUUGGGAACCUGUGGACUUUCCCUCACCAAUAACUUUUCCCAUUCCUUUGUCACACCUUGGAUUUUACUCUCAGAAUGUAUGUGGUGUGACCGGCCACAAAAAAACCCUCUAGAAUAUAAUGAACAACAUGUCUGUUUAAUUCUAAACAUGAUUGGGACAUUUCCAUUGUACAUAUAAUAUAAACAUCAAUGUAGCUUGCACCAACACAGUUUGCCUCUUUUGGAUUGUUUUCUUUAUUGUAGCUGUUCACAAAGAUUACAAAUGUACCCACUCCCUUUUAUAUACUGUAAUCCAAAUGAUGCAAACUGACAUGAAUACCAGGACAUUGCAGUUUACUUCUAAUCAUAACGUAGGAGGUUAUUCCCUCUUCUCAACAUGAACCAGCUAGACAAUAGAUAUUUAACCUAUAAUGUUCAAUAUUAGAAUUGUUAUAGAAAACUGAGAAAAGCGAUUGCGUAUUAGACGGCAGGUCAGUGGAAUCCAGGUUCUGAAAAGGGAUGUAUUCUUACUGGAAUUGCUGUCCAUGUUUUUUUUUUUUUUUAUCCCUUCAGACCAAAGUUGGGCCAAAAGAAAAAUGUUACCAUGAGGUUACAUGUAAAGGUGUGUCAAAUAAAAUGAAUAUACAAAUAUAAUUGAAUUGCAUUGAUUUUGAUUAAAACUUUGUGUGUGACCAUAUGUGUUUCUUUGCUAGUCCCACAACAGAGCACAUUUUAUCCACAUCCUGAUUUAGCAUUGGGGACACAUAAAUGAAUCAUUAGUUUUCUAAUUCAUUAAAGUAAAUACCACAAAGAUAUUGAACAAAUUAUACUGGUGCAGUACGAAGUCUAAUGACUGAAGUACUAAUUUGCCCUUAUCUGGUGUAUUCGAAUGCAUUUAAGUCUUAAUUCCAAUGGACUUAAGUAGCUUUCUUCACAAAUGUCAGCUUUUCAAAAUGAAUUAUGCUUUUAUUUAAAAGAUAUGAUGUUUUUUGUUUUUUAAAAAGAUUAUGGCACUGUCCCAUAUGUAAAAUUAUUCUUCCUCAC